AUGUUAAAUGAUUAUCUACCAAGACUCCGGCAGUUAAUGAAGCGAUAUCACAUUCGGUUUGAUCUACCGGGUGACCCAUGGCCUCAAGCGCACGUUAAAACGUUCGACAACAUCCAGAAACUGGGCAGGUUUAAUUUUGACACAUAUUGCGCCGGGGUUAGCAUUUGGUCAUCCAGCGAGCCGUGGAAAGAGCACAUUAAAACUCGGGCUGAAUGGCAUAGCCGUCGCACGGAGCGCUUAUUUGGCCGGGAGCGCAACGAAGCUGGCUGGCGUUUUGAGCUGGAAUAUGAUGUCCUGAUGAGACUUUCAGCUGAAGUUGCCUGGCAAGUAUUGUUCAUCAAAAGUGUCUUCGGGACUCAGGCAUAUACCCGUAGCACUAUCGUCUAUAGAGCACCAGUUAACAUUUGA